UUUUUUGACAGAUUAGCGUGUUUUCUUCGAUUUCACGUGUUUUUGUUUCUGAAACUAUCGGCAUCUAGUUCAUAAUUACUUCUGGUGUCCAGUCUUUAUAAAUUAAACAACACAAAUAAAAAGUGGGAGUUGCAUUUGCUGUGUUGCGAAUGCUAUUCAAAAAUAUGCCGCUGGAAAGUGAUAUAGCGGAUAUAGUUGCCGCUUAUAAGCGAGAAGUUGGAUUAGACAAAAUAGCAUCAUCUCCAAACAAAGUCUCAACUGCCAAGGAUGCCAUUCAAGAUGAAAUAAGUAAUUCAGAGGCAAUCGUGGAUAAUUUUAAGGAUGAACAAUCAAUCCACAGUACUGACGGAAACAGCUCCGAGGGUGACGAUCGUGCACCAGCUGUUAAAAAAGAUACGGAAACCAGCUCAAGCGAUGAAGAAGAUGAACAUAAACCAACCGAGUUGGAUGAGCAGACAGCUAUAGGCCAGCCCAAAAGUAAAAAAGAAAAGCAAUUGAUGGCCCUUAUUUUCGGAGGUAAAGCUGAACUCGUGUCCAACUUAGAAAGGGAAGUCAAGAUUAGUACCGAUAGUGAAGAAGAAUCAGUCGCGGUAAAUGAUAAGAAACGCCGGACUCCAGCUUGGCACGAUUCCGAUGACGAUAAUGACCGAGAUUUUCCGUCCAAAAGCCAAAAGACGGAACUUAGAGCAACGGUGAAUCGACGAAGGAAAAAUUUCGAAAAACUGGUUGGACAACCGAAGUGGGCGGAUUUGGACAGGCAACGGGAAGUCGAUUCGGACGAUGAAUUGUUGAAAACGGUUGGUCACGUUGUCAAAGGUAAAAGCACGGAGCUUCCAAAGGAAAUCAUCGAACUGAAGCGAUUGAAGAGCUUGAAUCGAGAAACUAAGAAUGAAGGCGAAAUAACUACGAUUCUGUUUCAUCCAUCUUCAAUGGUAGCCGUCAUGACCGGCAUGAACGGGCUGGUAUCCAUCGUGGCUGUCGAUGGAACAAAAAACGAGAAAUUACAUACGAUUGGACUGAAGAAGUUCAAGAUCGCCUGCUGUCGAAUGACCCCUGAUGGGAAUGAGUUAGUGAUAGGCAGUUUCCGAAAGUUUUAUCAUAUUUACAACUUGAUCACCGGUCGAAAUGAUACUCUUCAGCUUAAAGGAGAAGGCGCUUGGAACAUGAAGAACUUCGAGAUAUCUAAAUGUGGAAAAUAUCUAGCAGCUACAGGUGGAUUUGGAGAAAUACAUUUGUUUGACGCUAGAAGCAAGGAACUUCUAACAACUAUCCAGCAAAAAUAUUGCUGCUCAUCAUUGUGCUUUACACCAGACUCGGAAUAUCUUUUCACACAUAGCACUGAUAACGAAGUGUCGGUUUAUCAUAUCGAAAAGCGGCGGUUUGUUAAUGUUUUCACGGAUGAAGGUUGUGUUAACGGUUCUUUUAUAACAAUUUGUCCAAACAGCCGCUUUGUAGCUACUGGCAGCAGACAGGGCAUCGUUAAUAUUUAUCAUCUUGAGAAGCUACUAAAAGAGCGAUUUCCAGUUCCAGUGAAAACCGUAUCAAAUUUAACAACUUCCAUAGGGAGCAUUGCAUUUAAUGUCAACAGCGAAUUACUUGCGAUUGCUUCUCCGGACAUGGAAAAUGCCGUGAAACUUGUGCACAUGAAAAGUGGAACAGUUUACCGAAACUUUCCAAUAAUGAAGGCAGGAUUAGGUCAUGUCACACGAGUGCAGUUCUCCCCAGGUGGAGGAUAUUUAGCGCUAGGCAACCGGGAAGGAAUCGUUACGUUGUUUAGAGUUAAGCAUUAUCAAAACUAUUGAUGGGUGUUUGAUAAAAUUAAACCUAACUGUAUCAUGUAUCACUAAUUUCGAGAGAAAUGCAGACAAAUUACAUUAAUGGAAACUGAAGUGUUUCAAAAGCCUCCCCAAACAGAUCCAUGGAAAAACAUUAGUUCUUACUCUUCAGACACAUUUUUAUAC